CGCUAACGGAAUUUUUUCUUCGCGCGUUAAUUGUUAGUUGUCCUACGUUUUCUGCUGCUUUUCACUUUUAAGAAAUGAGCUCCUUCUCUUCGACUGACUCUUCGGAGGAACACCAAGAAAAACAAUGCAAAUAUAGAAAACAAAAAUUCAAUAACAAAUGGCUUGACGACGACAAUUUCAGUGGCUGGCUGGAAGCUGUGGCUAACGAUGUAUUUAAAUGCAAAUGCGCUGCGUGCGACAAAGUUUUGAACUGCGGUAUGUGCAGCGAUGGUGCCAGUGUAAUGAUCGGACAGCAUAAUUCCUUUGCAUCAAGAUUAAUUGGGGACAUACCAAAUGCUAUAGUUGUAAAGUGCAUCUGUCAUUCUGCAGCAAUUAUUGCAAGUAAGGCUUGUUAGCGCUACCCAGAGGACUUGAGGAUCUUUUGCGGCAAAUCGGUUCGUACGUUUCGGGAAGUUCCAAAAGAUGCGCGCAAUUAGAAGCUCUGCAGGAAAUGCUAAACGAGAAGAAAAAGAAAAUCCUUCGGACUUGUACAACCAGGUGGCUUCUCAUCACAAAUGCGUCGAAAGUGUAUUACAAAACUGGGAUGUGUUAUUGGCAUUUUUCAACCAAGCUGUCACGCAGGACAAAUUAAAAUCAACAGAGGCGAUUUUAUUUGAGCUCAA